AUGCACUCCCUCCGACACCCAUCCCCCCCUCGCUCGCCUCUCCUGCUGCUCCCUUUCGCCCUGCAGGUGCUGAACGCGGGAACAGGGCUGGCAGCGUGUGGGGUGGCAAAGGAUGUGGGCGAGGGCAUAGCCAUGGUGCAGGAGGCUCAGCGCACCGGCAAGGCGCUCCUCGUGCUUGAUCGAUGGGCCGCCCUCUCUCAGGCCACCCUUGCAUCCCUCUCCCGUAAUCGUGUUGCUGCUUUCCUCUCUCCCUCUUCAUGUCUGCAUCGUGUUGCUGCUUUCCUCUCUCCCUCUUCAUGUCUGCAUCGUGUUGCUGCUUUCCUCUCUCCCUCUUCAUGUCUGCAUCGUGUUGCUGCUUUCCUCUCUCCCUCUUCAUGUCUGCAUCGUGUUGCUGCUUUCCUCUCUCCCUCUUCAUGUCUGCAUCGUGUUGCUGCUUUCCUCUCUUCCUCUUCAUGUCUGCAUCGUGUUGCUGCUUUCCUCUCUCCCUCUUCAUGUCUGCAUCGUGUUGCUGCUUUCCUCUCUCCCUCUUCAUGUCUGCAUCGUGUUGCUGCUUUCCUCUCUCCCUCUUCAUGUCUGCAUCGUGUUGCUGCUUUCCUCUCUCUCCCUCUUCAUGUCUGCAUUGUGUUGCUGCUUUCCUCUCUCCCUCUUCAUGUCUGCAUCUUGUUGCUGCUUUCCUCUCUCACUCUUCAUGUCUGCAUCGUGUUGCUGCUUUCCUCUCUCCCUCUUCAUGUCUGCAUCGUGUUGCUGCUUUCCUCUCUCCCUCUUCAUGUCUGCAUCGUGUUGCUGCUUUCCUCUCUCCCUCUUCAUGUCUGCAUCGUGUUGCUGCUUUCCUCUCUCCCUCUUCAUGUCUGCAUCGUUUUGCCCCUCUCUUCCUCCUUUUCCGGGUUGCUUAACACUUCUCUCUUUCAAAAAGGCUGA